AAAAAAAGGUUCAAAGAAGGGAGUGAGGAGGAAGAAGAAGAAGCUUAUGCAACUUCCUAAAGUAAAGUGGAAAAACGGGUACGCUUUCAAUUCAAAUUAAAAAUGCCCCGCAAUUCUCUGCGUUAAUUCCCCCCCUUUGAAUUUUUCAAAUACCCACAUUCUUUCUCUCUUUCGCCAAAAACACAAUCAAUCCAAUCCAAUCCUUCAUUUCUUUUUGCUCCCUCUUUCUCUUUCGAUCAUUUCGGAUCACCACAGAACUCUCUCUCUCUCUCUCUCUCUCUCUCUCUUGCUUCGAAUUCGAAAACCAAGAGCUAAAUUCAACCCCCAUUUCUUGUUUUCCCCUCUGUUGACGGUUUAUGUGAUUGUGUUUCUUCUUCGUUUGAGUUCUUUUCCCCUUUUCCCUUUCUGGGUUUUGUUUUUUCCCCAUUGUUCUACACGACAAAGAAGUAACCCACCUCUGUUUUUGCCCCCUUCUUUCAAUUUCUUUACUGGGUUUUCUCAUAUGGGAAUGGAGGAUGAGUAAUUAGAGCUCUCUUUAUGAUCUAAUUCGUGGGGUUUUCUUCUUUUUGUGGAUUUUGUUUUGUUUCUUUGUCUUGGUGUAACCCUUUUAAUGUCUUUGGCUGUUGGGGCUGCUUCAAAUUCCAAGAACAUGGGGUUUGAUGAGAAUCGUGAAGAGGGAGAUAUAUUGGAUAACCAUGGGAAUGAGAAUGAAGCUGCUGAAAAGAUUUCAAGGCAAUUGAGUGAAACUUCUCUCUAUGCAACUGAGGAUGAGACUGAUGAUGAGGGAAGUAAUAUUGAGUUGGGGCCUCAACGCACAUUGAAAGAAGAGCUCGAGAAAGAUAAGGAUGAUGAGAGUCUGAGGAGGUGGAAGGAGCAGCUUCUUGGGGCUGUGGAUUUAGAAAAUGCUGGAGAAACUCUUGAGCCAGAGGUGAAGAUUCUAAGUCUGUCAAUAGUGUCUCCAGAGAGACCAGACUUGGUUCUUCCAAUUCCCGAAGACGGGAAUCCAAAAGGAUUGUGGUUUACUCUGAAAGAAGGCAGUCGUUAUAGCCUGAAAUUCUCCUUCCAAGUGACUAACAACAUUGUUGCUGGCCUUAAGUACACCAACACUGUUUGGAAAACUGGUGUUAAAGUUGACAGCUCCAAAGAGAUGCUUGGAACUUUCAGUCCCCAGCUAGAGGCCUACACUCAUGUAAUGCCAGAGGACACCACACCCUCCGGCAUGUUCGCCCGUGGAUCGUAUUCAGCAAGAUCUAAGUUUCUUGAUGAUGAUAACAAGUGUUACUUGGAAAUUAACUACACAUUUGACAUCAGAAAGGACUGGGCUGCAACAUAAGGCCAAUGAUUUGGGUAGUAGGAGCAGUGCUGUUCUGGCUUAAGCAAUCCCCAUCAUCCAGCUGAUCAGCUGGUGUUCUUAAAAACUGCCAAUUUCUCUUUUAAUUACAUGUAAUUAUAAUUAAGGCCAACAAGUAUUAUGUUAAUUACUAGGUUUAUGCUGCAUCCAAACUUUUGCAAGUUUUCAAUGUAUUGGGAUGUUGGAGAAGAUGAAUGAAUGAAAAAAAGAAAGAAAAAAAAGAGGAGAUUUUUUGUUUGAUGCCCUUUAAUAAAAGGUGUGUUUGGCCUUCCACA